GCUGCCAGACUCAGGCGGCUGCAGGAUGCGCGGGGCGCUGGGGUCCCUGCCCGAGCUGCUGCUCCGGGGCUGGGGGGAGCCGCUGCCGCUGCUGCUGGUCGCCAGCGCCGCCUUCCUGUGCUACUACUGGGUGCGCGUCCCGCAGAGGCCCCUGCUGGUGGGCGGGCUGCCGUUCUGCGCCUUCCUGGAGACGCACUGCCCCGUCGUCAGCGAGCCCUUCUACCCCACGCCCUGGUGCUUCGAGGGCCGGCUCCAGACCCUGCUCCGCUUCUUCCUCCAGUCCCGGCCCCAGGUCUCCUACCGCAGCGAGUUGCUCCGCACAGCCGACGGAGGGCAGCUGCUGCUGGACUGGGCGGACAAUGCCGAGAGCCAGCGGUACCCGGAGCCUGGCACACGCCCCACCGUCCUGCUGCUGCCAGGCCUCACCAGCAACAGCCAGGCCACCUACAUCCUGCACCUGGCGCAGCAGGCGUCCCGCGCGGGGUACAGGACUGUCGUUUUCAAUAACCGAGGGUGCAAGGGGGAGGAGCUGCUGACCCCCAGAGCCUUCUGCGCAAGCAACACAGAGGACCUGCAGACCGUGGUCACCCACAUCAAGGCCCAGCACCCGCGGGCGCCGCUCCUGGCCGUGGGUGUCUCGCUAGGCGGGAUCCUGGUGCUGAAGUACCUGGCACAGCGGGGUCGCGACACAGGGCUGGUGGCCGCCAUGACCUUGUCCAUCCCCUGGGACACCGAGGAAUCCAACCGCUCGCUGGAGCAGCCACUCAACUUCCUGCUGUUCAACCGGCGCCUGACGGCCAACCUGCGCCACCUCGUCAGCCGGCACAGGAAGGUGAUUGCAGAGAAGGUGGAUGUGGAGCCCAUACUGCAGGCACGCAGCAUCCGGGAGUUUGACGAGCGCUACACGGCCGUGGUGUUCGGCUACGGGACAUGCGCCGAGUACUACCAGGACGCCAGCCCCUCGCACUGGGUACACACCGUGCGCCUGCCCGUGCUCUGCCUCAACGCGGCCGACGACCCCUUCUCACCGCUGCAGGGUGAGUGCCGGGGGCUCUGGGCCCAGCGGGGGGGCUCUGGGCUCAGCUUGCGGCUGCCUGACUCGCUCUCUUUCAGCCAUCCCCCUGGCCGCGGCACGGCGCCUCCCCACGCUGGCGGUGCUGGUGACGGCACGCGGCGGGCACAUCGGCUUCCUGGAGGGGCUCUUUCCCCGGCACGAGAGCUACAUGGACCGCGUCUUCGCCCAGUUCCUCGCCGCCGCCUUCGAGCACUGCCAGGAGCUGAACCGCAGCCUGGGAACCGAGCGCCCAGCCCCCCAAUAAACCUCCUGUCCAGAUACCUCCUGUCCUCCAUGAACUGCAGGGAGCCGGGCCAGGGCCCUGCUGCAGUGACACCAACUGCGGGGCUUGGGCCAGCCUGGGCUAUGGGGCAGGGCCGAGACCUGGGCUCUAGAGGGGAAAGACCCCGCUAGACCCCUGCCUGGGGAGGAUUGGGGGAGCUGUAUGGAAACCAGCUUCCAGAGCCUAACACUGCCCAGGCUCU